CCCGAUCCCGAGCCCGAGGGGAGCCGAGGUGACAGCGCCGGCCACCGCGGGUGGCGGCGGCGAGGAUGGACCCGAGGCUGGGACGACGGCGGUCUUCCUCGGAGAUUGUCACAGAAGGAAAAAAGAAAAAGUCGUCAUCUGAUUUACAUAAGAUAAGAAAGAAAUUAAAUGUAAAACCAGAAGAUGUUCAUAUUCAGUCAUCCCUGCCCAAAUUCAGAAGUUCAGAAUGCUGGGAUCUCCCUUUUCAGGGGUGGGAAAGAAACCUAAGAAAUAAAGUCAUCUCUCUAGACCGUAAAAAUAAAAAAGAUGUUUGUGGACGUCAUGUCACUUCAAAGACAUCACCAGAAAGGCAUCUGAAAGUUAUGUUGACGAAUGUCCUAUGGACGGAUUUAGGACGAAAAUUCAAAAAGACCUUACCUAGAAAUGAUGCUAAUUUAUGUGAUACCAACAAGGUGCAGUCAGACUCCUUGCCUUCGACAUCUGUUGACAGCAUAGAGGCAUGUCACAAUUUAGAUCCUCCUCACCAGAGCGUUAACUUAUCUGAAAGGAUACCCAGAGUUAUACUGACGAAUGUCCUGGGAACGGAGCUAGGAAGAAAGUACAUAAAGAGCCCGCCUGUGUCUGAGGCCACUUGGUGUGACCCAGACAACUUGCAAUCGGAGCCGCUUUGUUCAUCACCCAAUGGCAGCCUAAAAUCUUGUCAAAAUGCAAAUCCUCAUAAGAGAUGUUUUUUACCUGAAAGGGGUUCAAAACCAAGCAAGACAGUAGAUAAAGUUUCUGCAAAACAAGCUGCACCUUCUAAAGAAAAGCAAAGAGAUGGUGAUGAUGUUUCUCUUGUGAUGUGUGAUAUUCAGCCUGAAGAUCUUAACAGUGCAAAAAGAGGUUGUGAUUUUCUUGAAGAGGGAAGCAGAAACAAGGAUGUUUCAUAUUCUGAUUCAAAAACGGAACACACUUCGAUUUCCAGGAAGACAAAGAAAAGGGUUAGAAGUAAUUUACCCGAUUCUCAUAUUUCUACUUCUUCCUUGGAUAAGUCAGUAGAGCAUGAAAAAGAGCAAGAAAAUAACCCAAUAUUCUCCACUAAGUCUGAACAACCAAGUGAAAACUAUCAGGAGAACCCAACACUUCUUGAACAAGUUACACCUGAACCUCUAGGAAGUGAUUUUCCUAAGCUAUCCUCCCUUGAUACUCAGGAGGUGGGUCUUAGUGCUGUCUCCAGAAGUGCCUGUGCCCAUUCCGCCACCAAAAUCACAGAGAGUACUGUUUCCAUUGAUGCCAUGGAGAAUUCUUCCCUGGUUGCGCAGGGAAACGAUGAGUUGAAUAUAACAGAAAAGACUCUUAUAGAAGGAAACAGUGAAGAGAACCAAAUUUUGCUCUCAGCUGAACCAAUUGUUGUUUCCAGUGAUGAGGAAGGACCAAUAGAACAUAAGAGUUCAGGAAUUCUUAAAUUACGACCUCAUCAAGACGAUGAUAUGGCUCAUGAAAAUAAGGCUACUUCUGAAUUGCAGUUGUCAGAACUACCAGUGGUCACUUGUGAAUCUGUACAGGCAUCACCUGAAUUAUGUCCUUGUAAUCCAGUCAUGGAAAACAUUUCCUGUGUUUUGCCUAAUAAUGAGAUGGAUCUGCAGCUGGACUUUAUAUUUACUUCGGUGUAUAUUGGUAAAAUAAAAGGAGCUUCUAAAGGUUGUGUUACAUUCACAACAAAAUAUAUUAAAAUCCCAUUUCAAGUAUCCCUGAAUGAAAUUUCAUUGUCAGUAGACACCAAACAUUUAAAGAGGUUUGGGUUAUGGAAAAGUAAGGAUGAUGAUCACAGUAAAAGGAGCCAUGCCAUCCUUUUUCUCUGGGUCUCUUCAGAUUAUCUUCAAGAGAUUCAGACUCAACUAGAAAACUAUAUGUUGAGCCAGAAAUCAAAAUCCAGUGAAUUCAUUUUCCUUGAGCUAAACAAUUCCAUCUCACAAAGAGAAGAGUUGAAAUUGAAAGAUAUUAUGAUGAAAAUAAGUACAACCAAUGGAGAAUUAGAACUCUCUUGUCCAUUGUCAUGGAUUCAGGCAUUUCCUUUGUUUCAGAAUCUCUCUUCAAAAGAAAGCUCUUUUAUUCACUAUUACUGUGCUUCGACUUGUUCUUUCCCUGUUUCUGCUGAUACAGAAAUGAAGAUGAAAUCACUCUCUCAGCUCACAAAUUCAAAUGCAGUCAAGCCUACUUACACCUUUCUACAGAAACAAACUAGUGGUUGCUACUCGCUUUCUAUUACUUCAAAUCCAGAUGAAGAAUGGAGAGAAGUCAGGCACACUGGACCUGUUCAAAAGUUAAUUGUAUAUCCUCCACCACCUACUAAAGGGGGAUUAGGAGUAACUAAUGAAGAUCUGGAAUGUUUAGAAGAAGGAGAAUUUCUUAAUGAUGUGAUUAUUGAUUUUUACCUUAAGUAUCUUCUACUAGAGAAAGCAUCAGAUGAACUUGUUGAGAGAAGUCACAUUUUUAGUAGCUUUUUCUAUAAAUGCUUGACAAGAAAGGAGAAUAAUUUAAUAGAAGACAAUCCAGAUCUUUCAAUGGCCCAAAGAAGACAUAAAAGAGUAAAAACAUGGACUCGUCACAUCAACAUUUUUAAUAAAGAUUACAUUUUUGUACCUGUAAAUGAGUCGUCUCAUUGGUACCUUGCAGUCAUUUGUUUCCCUUGGUUGGAAGAAGUAGUGUAUGAAGACUUUCCACAGACAGCAUCUCAGCAGUUCCAUGAUCAGCAAUCUCAACAUGGCAGCAAAGCAAUAGAGAAUGAUCUAUGUACCACCUCAACACAGUCCUUGAGUACAGAGGAUUUCCAGAAUACUGAGAUGAAUACAUCAGUACCAAAGAAAAUGUGUAAAAGGCCAUGUAUUCUCAUACUAGACUCCUUGAAAGCUGCUUCUAUACAAAACACAGUUCAGAACUUACGAGAAUAUUUAGAGGUAGAAUGGGAAGUUAAGCGAAAAACUCAUCGUGAAUUCAGCAAAACAAACAUGGUAGACCUGUGCCCUAAAGUUCCUAAACAGGAUAACAGCAGUGAUUGUGGAGUAUAUUUAUUGCAAUAUGUGGAAAGCUUUUUCAAGGAUCCCAUUGUUAACUUCGAGCUUCCAAUUCACUUGGAAAAAUGGUUUCCUCGUCAUGUAAUAAAGACCAAAAGGGAAGAUAUUCGAGAGCUGAUUUUGAAACUUCAUUUACAGCAACAGAAGGGCAACAACAGCUAGUUAAUCUGUACAAGUGUGACACAUGUUCUCUCAGCUUACUGAAAAGCUGCUUACCAGCGUUGUGUUAGCUCACAGAGAAGAUAACGUACAGUAGUUUUAUAAGUCCUGAAAUCAACAUUAUUAAAAUAUAUAAAAUAUCUUAUUAGAAUUAUUGGGCUAACUUAGAUGGAGUGGGGAUGGGAGUGACCCACAUGAACUUAUAAGGUAGAAAUUAAAAUUUCCUAAAUAUUUGAUAUUUUUUCUGAGUAAAUAUGCUUGGAUUAUGCAAUAGUAUGUGUAAUGUGGGAAUGUUUUGUAGGUAAUAACACUUUGUGAUCUGUACUUCCACAUGACUGGGUGUUGAUGGGAGGUGGGUCCUCCCUGGUGCCGGCCCCAGUGCUUGUCACCUUUGUUGACAAGUCUUGUUAUAUUCUAAUUCUAUUCUUUGCAGCUCAAGCAUGCAGUAUGAAUACUGUGUAUUUUUUUUUAGGAACUUAGUAUCAAGGAUUCAGAAAAUGCCAUUUAUGGCAUCCUUUCUGUAUAGUGUACAAAAAUCACAUUAGUAAGAUGAUAAAAAUUCACUCUUUCAAAGUGCAGCUUAUUAUUCUGAGUUGCUAAAUGCAAUGACUCUGCUCUUUUUCCAUUUCUGUUAAUGUCAUAUGUGUUUAUCUGAGAAAUUAGUUCAUUUGUUCAGGUAAAACUUGGAACAAAAAUUUAGCUAUCAAAAAAAAGUUUUAAAAAAUAAUAUAUGUAGCUAUUUAGUUUAUUUGUGGUGUAGCUAUAUAAAUAAUCAUUUCUGUAGUAUCCCAGAAUAUAUGUGUACAAUUUCUUUAAGUGUAAAAGAUAAAUUGGUAUCCUUAUAACUUUAACCAAAAUAAUACCCUCAAUAUUCUAAUAACUUAGAACCAAAUAUAUAAUUUUAUAGUUUAGUUUACCUACCAGUCUAAACCAAGAUUUCUUUUAUGUUUUUAAAUUACAGUUUUUAAAGUCCAUGGUCCCCUAAGUGUUGUAAACCUCUAGCACUUAAUAUUUUAUUAAAUAUUCAGGUAACAGUUUUAUUGACUUCAUGUGAUCAUAGUAGUAUUAUAUAUGAUUAAAUGCUUUAGAGCAUUCUAAGGUUAUCAGAAAAAUUUUGAGAGAGACGUGAUCAUAUUGUGUUUUCUCAUAUGACAAUGUGUUUAAGAAUAUUAUUUUAUUAUUUUAAUUUAAACAUCUUUUAGAUUUACAUUUGUAACUAUGUAAAGAAUCAAAGCAUUUCAUUUAAAAAGUCAUAUGAGUUAAGGUAAUUAAGGUUAUUGGCGAAGCUUCUGUAUCCUCAGCUUUUGUUAAUUUGUUGCCAUCUUUAUAUUACUCCACAUUUAUAUUUUGGAGAUUUCAUGUAAAGAUGGUUAUUAUUUGUGUGUGUUGGGGAGACUUUUUAGGUGACUAUUGUUUUGUACAUCUAAUUUUGGGAAAGCAAGUGUAAGACAUUUUGUGAUUUCUUAACUUUUUUGUUUGUAUGUUUUUCAAAGACACCAUUGUCCUUUUAUCAUGUUUUAGAGAUUGUUAAAAUCCAUUUUCCUAAAUUCAUAUGGAAACAGUGCUUUGA